UUAAAGUGUGACUACUUCCGCUGGUACCCACGUUUUUACCCCUCUACGGACUAAAAACCGCACAUUCCCUGCUAAAAAAGACGGCUUUAAAUCCUAAAAAUGAGACCGUUAACUGAGGAGGAGACAAAAACGAUGUUUGAGAAGCUAUCAAAGUACAUAGGGGAAAACAUUAAGCUUCUCGUUGACCGACCCGAUGGCACCUAUUGCUUCAGGCUACAUCAAGACCGUGUGUACUACAUGAGCGAGAAAAUUCUCAAGUUGGCCACAAACUUUUCCAGAGACAAACUUAUUUCAGUGGGAACAUGCUUUGGAAAAUUCACAAAGACCAAGAAGUUCCGCCUGCACAUCACAGCUCUGGAUUUCCUGGCUCCCUAUGCAAAGUUCAAGGUGUGGGUGAAACCUGGAGCAGAGCAGUCUUUCUUGUACGGGAACCAUGUGCUGAAGUCUGGCCUCGGUAGAAUUACUGAAAACACGAUGCAGUAUCAAGGAGUAGUGGUUUACUCCAUGGCUGAUGUACCUUUGGGUUUCGGAGUAGCAGCCAAGUCCACACAGGAGUGUCGGCGAGUAGACCCCAUGUCCAUUGUUGUGUUCCACCAGGCCGAUGUGGGAGAGUUCAUCAGGAGCGAGGACACGCUGACAUAAACUCCCUGCAUCUGGAUGGACAGUUUUUCAUUUUCUCAUUUAGAAAUGUGGGUCCAGAGCAGCUGGAGGUCACAGCCGCUCGUUUUGCCCACGUGACAUUUCACUGUGACUUGGCGGG